AUGGCCACUUCUUCUUCUAAGGUGGCGGCCGCCACUACAGCAGGGCCACCAUCCACUUGCACACCAGACAGGACGGCCAUGUCUACUCCAAAGAAGACGCUAGUCACUACAGCAGGGUCCAGACUCACUUGCGCACCAGACCCGAGGCCCAUGUCUCCUCCUAAGGCGAUUCCCGCCACUACAACAGGGCCCAGACCCACCUGCACACCAGACCUGACGCCCAUGUCUACUUCUAAGGAGACGCCCGCAACUACAAUAGGGCCAACGCCCACUUGCACGCCAGAGCCGACGUCCACGUAUACUUCUAAGGAGAUGCCCGCCAGUACAUCAUGUCUUCUUCUCUGGCGACGCCUGCCACAACAACAGGGCACAGACCGACUUGCACACCAUACCCGCCGCCCUAAGGCGAUGCCCGUCACUAAAGCAAGGCCCAUAUAA